UGUGCAAUUUUGGUGAGUCUUUGUUAUAACCAACUAAUAAUAGAUACAAGAUGAACUAGAACCUUUCUGUUGGAUCACUCACCACCUAAUUAUCAAAACAGAUAAUUUCAGGCAAGGAUUGCAUGCCUUCAGAAGGCCAGUUGAUCUUGCAUCUUUACCUCUUUCACAUCAAUACCUCUUUCACACAGAUCCUCUUUCUUGUCUUUUUUCUGAUGUGGCUUUUUCAAAUGACCUCAAGCAACUGUCUGUAAUGAUUGAGGCCAUUUUUACUGAAGGUCUGACUCUCUGCCCAUGUUGCACAAGCUUUGAAUCUACAGAAAAUGAAAAUAGCACAUUGAAGAGGAUGGAACUGAAAUACGGAUAUACGUUGACUAAGGAGUUGGAAUAAGACUGAGUCCUGCUCUGUAAUAUUUAUAUACCUGGACCAUGAACUUGCUGUUUGGCUUCAUGCUUUAGGAACCUUUGUAGUAACUGCAUGAAGCUGUUGGGAAUCAUGGCAUUCUCUCCAUGGAAGCUGUCCUCUCAGAAACUUGGCUUUUUUCUGGUGACUUUUGGUUUCAUUUGGGGAAUGAUGCUUCUGCAUUUUACUAUUCAGCAGCAAACACAACACGAAAGCAGUUCAGUCCUGCGUGAGCAAAUUUUGGAUCUCAGCAAAAGAUACAUCAAAGCAUUAGCUGAAGAAAAUAAAAAUGUGGUUGAUGGGCCUUAUGUUGGGACAGUGACAGCAUACGAUUUGAAGAAGACACUUGCUGUCUUGUUGGAUAAUAUCUUGCAGCGCAUUGGGAAGCUGGAGUCCAAGGUGGAAAAUCUUGUGCUUAAUGGAACAGGAGCAAACUCUACCAACAAUACUAGCACUCCUGCUCCCAGCUUAGGAGCAGUUGAAAAGCUUAAUGUAGCAGAUCUCAUAAAUGGAGCUCAAGAACAGUGUGAAUUGCCUCCUAUGGAUGGUUUUCCUCACUGUGAAGGGAAAAUAAAGUGGAUGAAAGAUAUGUGGCGAUCGGAUCCCUGUUAUGCAAGUUACGGUGUAGAUGGGUCCACAUGCUCCUUUUUUAUUUACCUCAGUGAGGUUGAAAACUGGUGUCCUCGUUUACCUUGGAGAGCAAAAAAUCCUAAUGAAGAAACUGAUCAAAAAACAGUGGCUGAAAUUCGUAUCAACUUUGAUAAUCUCUACAAAAUGAUGUCAAGACACGAGGAAUUCAGGUGGAUGAUGUUACGCAUCAGACGAAUGGCUGAUACCUGGAUUGAAGCAAUUAAAUCACUUGCAGAAAAACAAAAUUUGGAGAAGAGAAAACGAAAAAAGAUUCUUGUUCAUCUGGGGCUUUUGACAAAAGAAUCUGGAUUCAAGAUUGCAGAAAAUGCGUUUAGCGGAGGCCCACUUGGUGAAUUAGUCCAGUGGAGUGAUUUAAUUACAUCUCUCUACUUAUUGGGCCAUGACAUCAGGAUUUCAGCUUCACUGGCAGAGCUCAAGGAGAUUAUGAAGAAGGUUGUGGGUAACAGAUCUGGCUGCCCUACCCAGGGGGAUAAAGUUGUAGAACUCAUUUACAUUGAUAUUGUGGGACUCACUCAGUUUAAGAAAACCCUUGGUCCAUCAUGGGUACAUUAUCAGUGUAUGCUAAGAGUUCUGGAUUCCUUUGGAACUGAACCAGAGUUUAACCAUGCCCAUUAUGCCCAGUCUAAAGGCCACAAGACGCCAUGGGGAAAGUGGAACCUUAAUCCACAGCAAUUUUAUACAAUGUUCCCUCACACUCCGGAUAACAGCUUCCUUGGAUUUGUGGUAGAGCAGCAUCUGAAUUCCAGUGACAUUAAACACAUUAAUGACAUCAAAAGGCAGAAUCAAUCUCUCGUUUAUGGCAAAGUAGAUAAUUUCUGGAAGGAUAAGAAGGCUUAUCUGGACAUCAUCCACACGUAUAUGGAAGUCCAUGGAACUGUUCACGGGACCAGCACUAUUUAUAUUCCCGGCUACGUAAAAAACCAUGGUAUACUCAGCGGGCGGGAUUUGCAGUUUCUGCUGAGAGAAACCAAACUGUUUGUUGGUCUUGGAUUUCCAUAUGAAGGGCCAGCUCCUUUAGAGGCUAUUGCUAAUGGAUGUGCGUUUCUAAAUUUAAGAUUUAACCCACCAAAAAGUAGCAAAAAUACAGAAUUUUUCAAAGGCAAACCUACACUCCGAGAGUUGACAUCUCAGCAUCCCUAUGCUGAAGUUUACAUUGGGAAGCCCCAUGUCUGGACUGUAGACAUCAAUGAUCUUUCUGAAGUUGAGAAGGCUGUGAAAUCAAUUUUGAAUCAAAAGAUUGACCCCUAUUUGCCGUAUGAAUUUACAUGUGAAGGAAUGCUUCAGAGGAUGAAUGCGUUUAUUGAAAGACAGGAUUUCUGUCACGGGCAGGUGAUGUGGCCCCCAUUAAGUGCCCUUCAAGUAAAAAUUGCUGAACCAGGAAAAUCCUGUAAACAAGUUUGUCAGGAAAGCCAGCUCAUCUGUGAGCCUUCCUUCUUCCAGCAUCUUAACAAGGACAAAGCUCUGCUUAGGCAUAAUGUCGAAUGUCUCACCAUGGAGUCAGCAAAUGACAUUCUGGUCCCCUCUUUUGAUGGAAGAAGGAAGCACUGUGUUUUCCAAGGCGACCUCUUAUUGUUCAGCUGUGCCGGAUCCCACCCAACCCACAGAAGAAUCUGCCCCUGCAGAGACUAUAUUAAGGGGCAGGUUGCGCUUUGUAAAGACUGCCUAUAGCAGCAGCAGAGCUUCUUUUGAGUUGAGGACAAAAUGUAAGUAGUUUUGAGAGGAGCUACUUAUUACUUCCUGCACUUUUGUCCAGGUUUUUCGCUGCAGGCAGAGCUAUCAUUGCUGGGCAGGAUGACCUAAGAGAGGAGGGAUUCGUAAGGCACAGCUAACCGAUCUUGUUUUCCUGUAAGAACAUUUGCAGUGUUACUCUGCGGAGUCCUUCAUCUGUUUGCGAAGAGAAAUGAGUUUCGUGUUCUACAGCGAUUUGAAGAUGACUGCACAAAAUAGUUUGUAGGAAAUUCCCAGACCCAUCAAACUUUUUUUGGUUGUCGUUUGGGUGAAGUGGUUUCUAUUUUUUUUUUUUAAUGAAUUGGGACAUCCCCCAUCAUGGUUAGCUAAAGGAUCUCAACUUCAUUCCAGUAGCAAAUUGAAAAAAGGGUGCUUGAGGGAGGGGGGUGCAGGGGAGGGAGGACUAAUGUUUUAUUCUAGGUGCACUGUUUUGAGUACUGCUUGAGCUCGGGUGGCUGUAAAGCAGUUUACUUCACAAGAACUCGGAAUCACACGAUAGCUCUGUACCCUGUUUUUGGGUUAUCUGGGCCCAGUUCUUUUUUUCCUUUUCUUUUUUUCCUUUUCUUUUUUUCCUUUUCUUUUUUUCCUUUUCUUUUUUUUCUUUUUUUUUUAAAUCUCUGUAUACAACAAGGUAUUGUCUGCGUCACCGCUGCUGCAUCAGCGCAGUCUAAACAGAGAGGAUCAUGAAUGAGCAAACAGGCAGUUGCCAGCGUGUGCCACCUCAUCUUGGUGACUCGACACCUGGCUGGGCUUGUGGCAUUCUUCAGCGUGGAAAAGCUACAAAAACAUGCUGCCAUUUUUGGAAUGGACUUGUCACAGUUUACUGGUCCCAUUUAGAGAGUAAUCCUUGGAAUUUGCCCAUGCUUCUGUUGUAGUCUGUCUGCUAGAAAUACUGUGUGAAGCAAAAAGUAUUCAGCAUCAUUGGAGCAAUAUUAUCGUUAGAGCCUCAGUUUGCUACGGCUUCCAGUAGUUAAAGUGUUGCUGAAUGACAUAGAAUGGUUAAACUAAGCUAACUAUAACUAUUGUAUGGUAGAAAUGUAAAACGUCUUCAUAAAUAGCUAGGUUUUUAAAGAGAAAUUUUUUUCUGAAAAACAAGUAAGAGGCGACAAACAACUGCUAAGGAAAGCAUCGAUUGAUCUUGUGAGUUCUUUGAUUGUUUUUCUGGGUUUGGGGGGCGGGGUGGGUGUUUGCUUUUGGUUUAUUUUUUUUUUAGCGGGCACACCAGUUACAAAUUUAGCAAAAAACAAUUCAAGAGUUCGGAACUCAAAUCAAACUUCAUUUUUUUAGAGCAGCAAGUUGGAUCUUCUAAACCGCCUUCUUUUUAUAGAGGCAAUUUGGUAAUUUUUGUUAUUUUCAGCAGAAGGUGACACACUUGACAGCACCAUUUGUAGUCAGGAAACGAUAGGCUAAGCUUAGUGAGAACCAAAUCUGCAGUGUGUUUUGAAAGCAGUCAUAGUCUGCAGGUUUGCAAUUUGGACAUGCUCUGAUCAUACUGGAAAACAACUCAGUCACCAGGAGGGUGUUUUUCAUAAAGAUUAACAGACAUUACCAGGUAAUAGUGACAAGCAUAGAUAUUUUAAAUUUUCCUUUCUUUGAUAGAUCUGGUUGGUUCAGGUUUUUCUUGUAACCGGCAUUCAUUAUCUGUGUGUGAAUAUUGAUGUUAUCGCUUGACCUACCAAAGACCAAGCAAGGGAAAUGCUAUUUAAUCCUGGAUAAAUUCUCAAGGCAAGAGAACAGAACAGUAUACAUUUAAAGUUUCAAUUUAAAAGCAAUGAACUAGCUUUUUCCAGUUUUUUGUUUCCUGCCUCGGCACUCCUGACAGUGUUAUCCUGUAACACUCCGUAACAUUGCUGUGGACUACGCAGGAACUUAAUCCGGAGGGACUGUUGAGUAUCCAAAAGGGAUACGUGGGAGCUGUUGAACAGCAGGGUCACCAGUAAGGGGGUUGUGAUGAUGAUAACAUCUGCUGUAUUUUAGAGUAAUUUUCCAGAAACAGAACAGCUGGGUUCUCUAACGGGAGGCAAACUUUUUGUAUGAAAAGAAAACAAACACAAACUAAUAUGAAAAUCCUUACUGUUACCAUAGCUCAGCAUUUGCUUCAGUCAGCACAAAUGUCGCUUGCAAUAGUUUUAACACCCUGGAAAAGCUGGGGGAGGAGGGCUGGGAAUGGGUCGGAGCAGGCGCAACAAUUCAUUUUGUAUUUAUAGGAAAUAUUCCCCGCAUACCUGUGCAUAUCUGUGCAACUGGAACAUCCUGUGUAUUAAAAUACAGACACUUACACCUGGUGCUGAUAGUAGAGGCAACAGCAGAAUUUGCCUUUACCCGUUCAGCCUGAGGUUCUUCAGGCAGGAAUUUAGUUUGGAAUGAGAUAUCACAGAAUUACAUCAGAAACAAAGAUUUUUAUGUGUGCACUUAAAGAACGCAAAACACGUAGGUUUUGCUGUAGUGUAAUUCUUUGCUGUAAAUACAUAUUUGCUUGUUCCCCCCCACUGUAUAGCCCCCAUGGCAUACUGCAUUUUAUUUUGCCUCUCAGACUUUAAAGAUGGGAGGGGUUUGGUGUUUGUUAGUAUAAGAUUUUCUGGUCUAGUGCUUUGCUCAAUGCUAAGUUUGCCUUUAUCACAGCAGGGAGAGUCUAUUAUAAGCUCUGGUUUUUUCGUGCUGUAGCACUGUUUCUUUCUAGUCUACUGAACUGAAUUACUGCGUACUGGCAAAAAUGAAGCAGCAAACACCAAUGCCGCUUGCGUUUCAGCCAGGGACAGAACAUCUGAAUUGGCUUCAGAAUCAGUUGGGUCUGAUCCUAUCUCCACUGACAUCUAUAGAGAAGACUCAUUAAGCUGAAAGAAAAAAGAAUCGAGAUCUAUCAAUCAUUUGACAGGCCUCUAUUAUUAACGUUAAACUCUCUUUUCAGAAGAACUACUACUUUUACAAAAUACAGCUCCAGUCUAAAUUUCAGUAAAAGGAGACUAUCAUACGAGAACUGCACGUGCACAAACUUGGUAAACGUCACUCGCUAAACCCGACGCAGCGCUCCCCCAUCCCACGGCAGUGUUUGCUCGUGCACUGAUACAUCAGUGAAUCCUUCCGCAGAUAAGCGCUCAGGCAAAUCCAUGUGGGACUAUUUAAAAGUUUGAAUGAUUUACUAAAACAUAUAAUAUAUAUCUCUCUAUCUCUCCACAUGUCAGGAUAGAGGGCAGCCUUCUGCCCAAGUUCCAGAGCUGUUUUCCUUCCUAAUAAAGCAACAAAGGUGUAGUCCAAUUAUUGCACUUAAACAAGGAUAUUAGAGAUGGGACUGUGCUGCUGUUUUUCAGUCUGACAGUAAAGCUUGCAGCUUCCUUUACUCAGAAAUCAGGUUUUUGCAUGACUUGCAUUUGAAUAUAUUGAUCAAUGAUAUAUUGAUGGAAAAAAUGUCAAAAGUUGAAUAUAAAAACAUUUUACAAGCUUUUAAACAUAUCUCUCAUAUCAAGACAUUCUUUGUUUUAAAAUUUUGUAUUUUUGUAUGUGACCUUGUUUUUUUCAAAAAUCUUGUUCCUAUGAGAUUAGAAAACUUGAGAGAAGCAUUUACAUAUUUAUUAAAAUUAACAUAAAAGGCUUGCCUUUGAAAGGUAAAGUUGGUAAAUACACACUGUUUAAAAAUGCCAAUAAAAACCUCAUUUAUUUCAUAUAUGCAAGUUGAUUUGCACAUGUAUAAAUAGAGUUGCUUUUUGCAUUUUUUGCUUAGUUUCUAUUUUUUUUUUUGUAAUUUAUAGUUGCAGCUGUGUGUUUGCUUGUUUAUAUCAGAUUAUGUUUCUCCUACAAGUAUUUAAUGUUUAUGUGCCUUUUUUUACCUUUUUGGGGGUUUGGCUGGGUGUUUGAAAUAUGAACACUGUCUGAACAAGUAUAAUGGAACACUAAUUACAGGUGAGAACAGUGCUUGAUGAUACACAACUUAGCAGUGUGAAUUUUGAACGUUUUUGAGUAGUGGGGGAAUCUGUUCUGAAACUCCAAGAUAAGAGCUAGUAACAUGAAAGUAUAACUUCAGUAAUUCUAGCAAAACGUUCCUUCUGCAAGCAAAAUACCCUUUCCUGAAUACCUGUGAUUUGACGUGAGAGCUCCUGCUGGGAUGGGAUGUCUGUCUAAUGACCAGAGAGCAAACUAAAGCUGUUAGGAGGCGAUGCUGACAGAAAAGCUCAGCUGUAUCUGGUUUGAUCGGCAGGGAAAUUGAAGAUCCACAUUAAAUUUUGUGAGGUGUUGGUUUUCUGGGUAAGGAUGUCUGUGUGUGGAAGCACAUGGGAUGAUUCCUGGUGCUUCCAGGAGAAUGCAGUCCUUUUACGAUACCCAAAUUUACUACUGUCAGUGGGGAGGAAACUCUGGAUAUUCAGCUUAUUGCAGAUAAUGCUACUGCUUUUCUGCAAGAGGAGUAUUUUGCAGAAUAGCUGCUGAUCAGGUUUCAGCUGGAGGUGGCGGGACGGGGCUGCAGACAGAGCCAGGACUCUGCGUCUUCCCCGCUCAGCUCUGCUCCCACUACCUGUGCCGGCUUGGGCAACUUGCUUAGUGGUGAGCAUUCAGAGCUGCUCCAAGUUUCGGCUGGUAUCAGCCGCAAGUCGGGCUGUCAGCCCAUGUCCUCCCUCCUCACUGACUCGUGCUGUGCUCCUGUCCUCUGACAGCCCAAGCGAUGUCCUUGCUUGACCCUUGCAACGGCAGACGUGCCCUCUCUGAAAUGAGACGUGCUCUCCUGUCUCAAAAAUGAGUGGCCCGUCUAAAUUACAGAGAUGAUUUACGAGUUUGCAGCACUUUUCACAUAAACAAAAUCCAGAUUGCUUUCUCAGGUUAGUAUUUUGCUCAUAGUGCAUUUCAGGACCAGAUUUUGCUAGUAAAAUAAAUUAAAUGGGCUGAAUGAGGCUGGAUACAAUCUCAUCCAAGUCUAAUUAACUUCAUGACUCCCACUGGCUUCAGUCAUAGCAGAACUCCUCCAUUAAUUUUUCUUCAAAUUAAGCAAGCGGCUCUCCCUUUUUAAUAAAUAUAAAGCACUGUAUCUUACAAGAUGAAGACCAAACGCUUGCAGGUUCUGUUGUACACAUAGCAGCAGCCAGUUUCGCUUGCUGUUGCAGCAUACAGCAUCUCCGCCUAAGUUGAUGUUACCUAUUAGCAAAGUUCCAGUUGAAAACUUGGUGACAGAGCUGUUCAGUCUUCAGUUUGGAGUUGGGGGGUGGGGUGUUUGUUGGUUUUGUUGUUGUUUUUUCAAGAGGCUAUUAGUUACCAGUUUCUAGCUUCAUGGUCUUUUUUUCCUGGGGUGCUAACAUUUUGGCAUGGCUGUUUCUUUGUGGUGGUUGCCCUACAGCUGCCACGCCUUCAACUUUUGACUUGCGAUCUCUUUCCAUUUGUAGUCCUGCUCUGGUCCCAUCGUUUCAGGGACGGCUGACGAGGUGAGGAGAGUAACGCACUGACAGACGUAUGCUUUCAGUCGGGCUGGAAAGGCCAGGGACAGAUACGGUUUUGCUGAGAUAUGCUUUAAUAAUAUUGCUCUAAGUGUAACAACAAAACAUAUCAUUUUACAGGCAGUGACUUAAACCUUGUCUUCAUAUUUUUAAGCAGCUCUAUAGGAUUUUUUUUUUUAAAUUAGUUUGUAAUUUCCAAAUAUUAUAUUUAAAUGGAAUGUGUAAACAGCAAACUCUGUGUAUCAAGUGUAAGAUGUUUACUGUAGGAAUGUGUUGAAAAUACCAGAGGCUGAACCCCAGAAUGCCUCAGAUGCGAGGCAUCGCUCGUGUUCUUUCUUCCAGGGAAAAAUAACAAAGUGCAACCAUUGCCAAUGUGUCUUGCUUUUAUAGGUGUAAUCCUUUACAUAGUCAUAUGAUUAAAACCAAUGGUAUGUUGCAAUUCAGCAGAGCUCUCUCGACAGCACUACGCUACCUAUUUAUUAAAUGGGUAAAUAAAAUCAGGUGCUCAGAGUUCGGAUAGAAUGGGUAACCGCUCCACCCUCCACACACAGAAACUGCUUUGCAAAAUCUCAGCUGCAAUCAAGCGCGCGACGCCCUCCUCUCUGCCGGGAAGAUCGGUGCAGGUGCCCUUUGACUAAGGUUGAGCUCUGCACGGGCAGAGAAUUUGUCACCUCGUGCCAGGCUCACAGGUCUGACGCGCUGUGGACCUCGCUGUCCUCGUGUUGCCCAGCAAGGCCAACGCUGCUCUCCCCGGGGAAAGGCGUCUGUACGGCGCUGGGGGUGUCCCGCACCCACUGGCCCUGGGUGCCGCAGCAGAGGCUCGGUCCUGCAGGAGCCAGCAAAAUCCCUGGCUUUGAGGAGGGCGUGUAAAUAACGUGAUGGCGUUGAGCUGGAGCCAGCCGGGCCCUUGGCACCUCCUGGCUCGGAUUCCAGCAGCUGCAAAGUAGUCUGAAGUAUCGAACUGGUACACGAUAAAUCAAGGGAAAUUGUCUGAAGGCCGUUCAUUUUAAUAGGGUUAUACCCAGAACUAAUUUGUUACAUUCAUUAGCAGGUCUCUUGCUGUACAGUGACAGUGAAAACCAUUUUUAAGAAGUCAUGGUUUUACUUGGUUUUCUCAAAAGAAUACAGCAGAGGAGGAGGAAAUAGCAGUUCUUACCAAAGGAGAAAAGAGUAAAUUUUAUGAGGAAAGUUACCCUGAAUAUUCUGAGAGAGCUAAAAGAAAGGUCUAAGGGAAUAGUUACAAAGCUAAUUUGAGCUCGGAGAAGUUGAUCUCCCUGAGCUGGCCGGGCUGACAGUCAACGGGGCGGGGGGGGGGGGCUCCCGAGGGCAAUUUGGGGCAGCUCUUUGGUUUCUGGUCGGAAUCAUUCCCCGGAGGAGCCUCUCUCUCUCCAUGGGUGAAGGGGGUCGAAGUCUGAAUAAUCCCUGUAGCACUCCAAAGUUGAAAAAAACCCAAAAACCAAACCAACUACUGAAAUCUGUAACAAUAAAAAGUUUGCUUCUUUUUGCAGACAAUAAUUUGGAGUCAGUGAGAGUUUUUAUAUGUACAUGAGAACUUCAGGGGCAGGCUGGUACUACGUGUGUUUGGCUUGAUUUCUUUCCUAAAAGGUUGAUCCUUUGUUUUAUUUAAAUGGUUGUGUUCCACUAUAUUACGUUCAAGCAGUUUGAUUCAGAAAGAACAGAACACAGUGGUUCAGAUACUGUCAAGUUCCUGGGUUUGUUUUGUUUUAUUUUUUUUAGAAAGGUAAAUGUCUGUACUUUAAUGGCAUAGAAAAAUGCUUUGUUUUCACUGUUGUAGAAAAAAACU